GCGCUGCGGCACGGCGCGGCACGGCACGGCACGGCACUGCGGCAGCGCCGCGCUCCGCCCGCCCCGGCCCCGGCAUGGUGCUGCGCGGGGCGCGCUGAGGGGCACGGCGGCGGCGGCGGCGGGCGCUGCCGCGGGGCGGUGGCGACGGCAGCAACGUGCGAGCGGGAGCAGCCGGCGGGCAGGAUAUUUUAAACAUAAAAUCGCACGGAUCAAAGUAGAACUCUCCUGUGACCUCCUCACCUCAAGGGCCUGCUGCGUUCAACAGAACCGAUCCCAGUUCCCAGCCAGUUGCAUAUUCCACUGAAGGAAAAUGAACAUACUGAACAACCACCACUUUUUGUACUUUCUGCCUACAACACACCUUGUCAUCUUACUAGCAGCUUUGACAACUGCUGAGGAUGUGACUAAUAGCACUUUCAACCGCACUGACAUGAACACAGGAUCUGUGCCUGUGGUGAUCUCCCACAUCGACCAUAUUAUAGUCAAGGAGGGGAGUAGUGCCUUGAUCGACUGCAAUGUCCAAGGUAGUCCUAGUCCACAUUACAGAUGGUACAAUUCCAACGGCCGCCUGCUCCAAGAGGAAGAGAAUAAAGCAGGAAAAUGGUGGUUUCUUGACAAUGGGCUACUGAACAUUACCAGCGUGUCUUUUGAAGACAGAGGUAAAUACACAUGUGUCGCAUCUAAUAUGUAUGGCAGUGUUAACAAUACUGUGACAUUGAGGGUUGUUUUUACCUCCGGAGAUAUGGGAAUCUAUUACAUGAUUGUCUGCCUUGUAGCUUUUACCAUUGUUAUGAUACUGAACAUUACUCGGUUAUGUAUGAUGAGCAGUCAUCUGAAGAAAACAGAGAAAGCAAUCAAUGAAUUCUUCAGAACAGAAGGGGCAGAGAAACUCCAGAAAGCCUUUGAGAUUGCGAAGCGUAUCCCAAUUAUCACUUCAGCCAAAACGCUGGAGCUUGCCAAAGUAACCCAGUUCAAGACCAUGGAGUUUGCUCGCUAUAUUGAAGAGCUUGCUCGGAGCGUACCUUUGCCACCUCUCAUCAUGAACUGCAGGACUAUAAUGGAAGAAAUUAUGGAGGUUGUUGGUCUGGAGGAGCAAGGACAGAAUUUUGUACGGCAGACAGCAGAAGGCCAGGAAACCACUGAAACAGAUGAGCUGUAUAUGAUCCCAAAUGCUUUGAAGCGCAGUGACUCUCCCACAGCGGACUCUGACGCAUCAUCACUGCACGAACCACCUCAACAGAUUGCAAUAAGAGUGUCAGUUCACCCGUUGUCCAAAAAGGACUGCAUGGACGGUCAGUCUCAAGAAAGCGUGCAGUUGGACACCAAGGAAGAAGACACUCCUCAAACACCAGCACUUCCUGCAGAGCCCCCUCCUGAGCCUUCUGCCGAACUCAGUUCUGAUGACACAGCAUUGGCAAAUGACAAAAAUACAUGCGUUAUAUAUGAAAGCCAUGUAUGAUAGUUACUCCUGAAUCUAUGCAUAGCAGGAAAAUCAGGUGGAGCUCUUUUAAAAAUACAUAUUGUACUUGCCGCUAAGCCUUACCUGGAGACUAUCAUAGCAAAAGCAUGUAUGUGGAUUAUUUGGCACUUUCUUCUCAGUUUGACUUUAGUUUACCAUGAUGUAUGGCAAAGUAAUUGCUAUUACAUUAAUAUUAAUUGCUCUUUUCAAUUAGGAGUAUUUCUAAGAAACAUUUACCUCAGCAUUUUCUAGGUUGGAGUCACCUGUAGUGGCCUCCUGGAAGUCAUCGGUAGUCUUUGAUGUAGGACACUUGAACUUACUAAACAUAAAACUGGUUUUCAUUUUCCUCCUUCACGCUCGUUAUUUCCAUCUAUUGCAUUUUUGCAAAUAUUAUCUUGUGAAUUUGAAAUAUUGCCCAAGAGGCAGCACUCCAGUAGCCAAAUAAAAUCCUAAUAGAUCCCAUUUACAAAGCCUGUUUGCUCAGCUGCAUUGUGAUUUACAGGGCUAUUAAAGAAAGUUAAAAUGUUUCCAUUUCAUUUGAGACCACACUGCUUAGGCACAAGGGAAAUAGUUUUCCCUUUUCCAUGGAAUAAAGAUGCCAACAAUUGGGGUUUUUUCACAUCAAGAAACAACUUUGAGGUGUAUUUUACAGAUGGAAAAGCCUUUAAACAUCUUGCAGAAGGUUGCAGUCACAACAGCUCUGCAGGGGAUGUUUGCAUAUAUUUGCCCAUUUUUUAGUUUGUGAGAAGUUUAUAUGGAAAACAGCUGCAAAUAUGCAAGAUGUCUUGUUUUAUAGUAAUUUGGUAGGAGUAAGUAUGCACUACCUUACCAGAAGAUAUGCAGGUUCCUUAACAGGCCUGCAAACGCCAGUAGCUAGCUGGUGACAAGGCUGAAAUGGCAGAAGACCCUUUUAUUGGGAUUCUCAAUUUUGUGCAGACUCAUGUUCUGAAGAUCAAGCCUAAAUUCAUCCUUAAGCAUAAAUUUAGGAGUGUUUUAUCCAAACAAACAAAAAAACCCCUUAUAAUCAAGUGUGCUAUGAAAUUACAAUGAAGAUCACACAAAAUGUUUACUGUGUUAUAAUUAGUUUGGUAUUUUAAGAACCUCCUACCUAUGUAGGAUGUUCAGUGCUUGAGUACAUAUGACUCUACCCCAGUAAAGCUUUAAUGAUCACAGCAAUUGUGGCAUUAAAAAGGAUCAACAUUUAUGCCAGGAAAUGUCAGGAGUGGAAGGGAAGCGAUAAUUUCUAUUGCAGACAGGCAAUAAAAAGGACCUUCUCUGGAGUGAGUCUGGGAAGAAAGCAUUUACAAGGAGUAGUUUGUGUAGGAUUAAUAGCAUAUUACUUAAUUACCUGACACACAUUUAAUUUGGAACUAAUGAACAAACUAUCACCUUAUAGUUUUUAAGAAGGACUGUAGUGUAAGUAUAGAUACUCUAUAAAUAUGGAAUCAAGUAUAUUGCAGAAAAAGAAGUCACUUAGGUUUAUGGGAGAUGAUGCAUGGAUGGCUUUUGGGACAUUUUAUUGAAGUAGCCACAUCUACAUAAGGCGUCUGUUGGAGGCAGUCAGAAAUAUUAACUGCACGGGUAAUUAAGACCAAACAAAGUCAAAGUUGCAGCUGUCUAAAAAACCCUUGAUAAUGAACUGAGGUUUUAUGUCAACUUCCUCAUGUUAAAAUGCAGGGCUUCACUAGCAGUGUAAUACAGAACACCCCGUGACUUACGUAGGUGAUGCAGAGAAGGCUCCGUAUUUACCUUUCUGUGGUUAUUAAAAAAAAAUACAUGUUUAAUAACAGCCUUUAGAUUUUGUGACCAACUUGUGAAAGUGACAGCAUUUAGUUGCCGAAAAUUUGUUUGUGCUCACCGCAGUGGCAGGCAUCUAUACAAAAUGCAUUUGCACAUGCUUAAAAGGAGACAUGCAAGGGCAGAGUCCCUUUAGGAAUGUUGCUGGAAAUAUUUUAGUUCCAGUGAAGCAAUAUAAAUCUAGAACACAGGGUAGAUUAAGAGAAUACCAUAACGAACCUCACUUCUGACCAGUGUGAUUGAAAAUACUGCUGAUGCAAACUGUUAACUUCUUUUCUGAGUCCAAAGUACAUUUCUGUUUAGUUUUUCAAGUCGCUUAAUUUGCUUCUAGUAUGAAAAAGGACGAGGGCAGAAACAAAAGCAGGAAUGUGCACUAAAUUCUUUUAAUUCACCUUGACCUCCUGAAAAGAGGCAUCUCGAUUUUCUGCCUGUCCAGCAUUUACAAACAAUGCUUAUGCAUUCUAAAUUAACCGCCUGGUGCCCAAAUACGAUUGCACAGAUAAGCAAGGAUGUUCUCCUUGAACACAUAAAAAUAACUUUUAAAUUACACUUUAAAAUUAAAAAAAAGAUUUCAAAAUUAUUUAUUAAAAUACAGUAUUUUAAUUUUAUUUUUUUUUAAAUUAUGAACUUCUUAUAGUGGAGACCAGACCCCUUCAUGUAUUCGUAUGGUGAUUGGUACCGGGCAGUUCUGAUCCUGACUGCUGCCCUCAGGCUGUCCUCCAGCCUGUUUACUAUUUAUUUAUUGAGAAACAUUUGAGAGCAAACAAUCCCCAAGGUUUUCUUCAGUAUCUCUGUGUAAACUUCCUUGAAAAUACAGAUUGUGGUUUUUUCCAGAGGUUGCCCACAAAGAACGUGUAUUUGAAGUACCCAAACCUACAUUGCAGACCAUGUAUGAGCAAAAGUUAUUUGGAUUAGAUGCACAUAAUAGGUGCAGUGCUGAAUUCCUGAUGUCGCAAGGUCAAAGGGAACCUUGACUUUGCUGGAGCUGGACUUGUUCAAGAGCUGAGAGUUCGCAGGUAGGAUUGGUCCAGUCAGUCUGCUAUAAAGACUUUGGACAUUUAGCUUUGUGGUAGUGGCGGAAUAAAACCAAAACAGCACUGUACCUGAAGAAAAUGCAGAUUGUAAGGGUUCUGGUUUAUGUGUUUUUUCUGUUUUCAUGUAUGCUGCUCCGUAUCUUCAUGCAUCCAUUUUAUAACACCUGUACGCAUAUAGCUUUUUACAUGCCUUCAGGCACUGCCUUUGUGGAAGAUAGAUGGGAAGCAAGAUCCACACCCGUCUUUCCUGUUCCAAACUUUCUGACUGUGCUAUUAUAAACAAUUUUGUCUUGCAGUGUUUCUUAGGGAAUGGCUAUUUUAUGGUGCCAGAACACAAUUAACAAACAUAAAAUUAAUGGUGGCUCUAAGGAAACAUUAACAUUUGCAUUGUUAUGUAUUUUCGUGCACCUUUAGCACUUCAGGGACAUUACAGUGAUCUGUUCCCAUCAUUGGACUAUGCACACCUUUUGUUACAUUGUUCUAUUUAUUAUAUCACCAAACACAAAUGGUUCUUAAAACACUCAAUCUGGAAAAUCCGGUCCAACUGAAUUUGCGUUCUAAAAGCACAAAGAACACCAAGCCAAGCUUAGAAAGGAAAAGAGAUUUGCAGGAUACAGUUAUGCUAUUUUAAAAUAUUUUUGCCAGAACUUCAUGAAAUGUGACUAGAUUUCUGCAGCAGAAGAAAUCAGUGCUGGAUUUGAAUUUUACACUUACUAUUCUUUUUGCACUAAAUGUAAGACCAUAUUAAUCAGACCACUUGAACACAGCACUCACUAUCUACUUACUCAACAUUUUCUUUUUGAGCAGCAUUUGUUUGCUGUUGAUCCUUUUUUGUUCUCUGAUUUGAGUAUGCUUGUAAUGAAACCUACCCUUCAGUCAUUUUUUGAGAUUGUUGUUUGAAAAAUUUAAAAGAACCCAUAGAUCAGCAUUUUUAUGCAGGUUUAUUGGUAUUAGGUGAGGCAUAGCAGUUUGCUCCUGUGCUUGAAAAUUACUGUAUAAUCGUAAGACUUGCAGAAUGGCAUAUACGGGCAGAUGAUUUUUUUUUAAAUCAGUGCCUGUUUUAUUCUAAUGUACAUACUAUGUCAGUUCCUCAGUUUGCAGUUACCUUUUGACAAAAGUACUGUAACAUAUAACCAGGGCUUUCUGACAUUCAGUUUGGUUCAGAUCAACUAAUUCUGGAAAGUGUUAACAGUGUCAAAUUUUAAAAGUUCUCAUGGAAUAUCUUGGCAGCAUGCUAUUUUAGGAGUUGGCCGCUUAAGUAUACCAUACUUAGUGGGACAACUGAAAGCUUCUUAGAUGCAAAGGAAAUGCUUGCACUAAAGUAUCUUAAGUUAUAUUUCAUUUAUUAUGAAAUUCUUUUUGAUCUUACAAGAAAUGUAAGACAAAUAUGAAUGUGUUCUUUUGAGAAGCGAUUACUGUAUUUUGAUUUAAAUAACUGUUAUGAUUUUAUAGUUCACGGCCGCAAACCACAGAGACCAGUUCAUGCUGAAGUGGCAAAAUAAAAUGUGAUCCAGCUUGUAAAUUGAUCAUUGUUUCAAUAAAGAAUUUGCACA